AUGGAUCACGCCUUUCUAGCUCGGUCCAUUUGGCCGGGUGACAGUAAAAUCGUGCAGCAUCCCACCGAGCUUCACACCAGCGUGGUGGUGACGCGCAGCAUCCCGGCAGGGGCCAGCUUCGGUCCGUGUGUGCUACAACACACUUUUUACGACACCAUCGCUUUCAUUGCGCAGAAAUCAAGUGACGGGAGAGCCAAGUCUUGCGCUUUCAGGGUGGACCCAGAAGCCAUGCGUAAUUCCGCGUUGAUGCUGUCGUGGCUUCGACUGGCGCAGGCGGCGCGCAAUGGAGAGGAGCAGAACACAGAGGCCUUCUUAAGAGGGGGUCAGCUGUACGUGCGGACCACCAGAGACGUCCAACAGGAGGAGGAACUGCUGAUCUGGUACGAUCGGGAGCUGUGUCACCUAUUGGGCUUCACAGAAAUUAGCACAGGCUCGAGUGAAGAGUUCAAAUGUGUCCGGUGUGGGCAGGUGUUCAAGAAUGAAUAUCCCUUCCUGGCUCACUGCCGCUUUCUGUGUACACAAAUGAAGAGUGACGCAUUGAGUCGCGACAUGCGUGAGCACAAGCACAUGGAGGUCAAGAGGCCGCGUCGCGUAACAGAUUUCCACAACAUCGCCAGGGAUUUAGAACACAAAAAAAGUGACACCGAUGAUGAUACUACCCAUGGGAUAAAGCGUAAAUUACAGGAAACUGUUUGCCUCAAAGGAAGGAAAACAGUCCUGUUGGAAAAAACGAAUAUUUCAAAUGACGACAACAUUACACAGCUAGCUAAGGUCCAAGAUGAUGGAGGGGAUGCAUCUGACUCGACCUUAAAGAUAAAAGCUGACAGAACCAAAGUGGAUCAUUUGGGAUGUAAAAAUGUGACUUUUGGAGAGCCGAGGGACGCUACAUUGACUAUUACCCAUGACAAGUUGAUGGAGUCGGAGGCAGGGGAGAGCUCCGUUUUGCGCUCAAGCAGCGGUAGUGCUUUUUCUUUAGUCCACUCCAGCAACCGUGAACAGAGAAGUGCUUUUUGUAAACCUAGUAAAAGGAUCUCUGCCAGUGAACUGCAUCACGGUAACCCACCAACGGCACCCUCAAGUGGCCUGGAGGAGAUGAGAGAGGCCUUCACACCCAGGACUGUUUCAGGAUACAACAACCUGAUGGCUCCCAGGAUCCUUAGCAGUGACAUUCACGCGCUGCCUUCCCCGGUCACGCUCAACACCGCCUUUCAUUACGCACCGGAACACUGGUCAAGAACCACUCGGGUCCAGUCCACCUCGUCUCUGACGGUCCUCCCGCCCACUUUCGCCUCCUUCGGCGUGUCCGUUCAAAACUGGUGUGCCAAGUGCAACCUGUCUUUUCGCAUGACCUCUGACCUCGUCUUCCACAUGCGCUCCCACCACAAAAAGGAAUUUGCUGCUGAGUCUCAGCUGAGGAGGAGGCGAGAGGAGAAACUCACAUGCCCCAUCUGCCACGAAUACUUCAGAGAGCGCCACCACUUGUCCAGGCACAUGACGUCACACAACUAA